CUCAUUGCAGUAGGAGGGUCCAUGUGCACACAAUGACGUCUCUACGCAAGUCUGACCGAGUCCUCCGCUGUUUUAUUCGUGUUCUGUCGGGCUCCUUCAAAAAUCACCGAUCUAGUAGCAACGUGCAUAUAAACAAAAGUGUAGACAGGACCUUUGUCGACUGUUGUACGCAUGCAGUAGGCUGUCGUAUUGGAUCUCGCGUAACGUGCGCAGCAGUGCACCGUGCGUUCAGCUGUCACAACUGAAACUAGUAGAUGUAAGCCGUCGCAACACUGGGAAUACUUGUAAAAAAGAACUUAACGACACUGUUUAGUGUCAUUCUUUACCUUUUGCUUCUUUGGAAUACUAUUGGUCAGCAGUAGAGAUAACUGUCAAAAUCGGAUGUCGUAAUUACGGUUUAUCAAAUGACCCAGGUAUGGAGACUAAAAGAUACCAAAGUUACUGCGAAGGGGCAAAUACGGAAAAUAAAUGGGCGCAGAUGCCAAACACCAUGGAUUAUUGCUGUUCUGCAGAAGAGACUUUGACAAACAGUGAUGCGCUAAUGAAUAUUGUUAAUUCAAGCAGUGCCCCUAACAUGCCAUCUGUCUGCAAGACAACAAUGCUAAGACUUAACCAGAAUCCACCUUCGGCUCGUUCCACCUUCAACAACACCUACCACAACCGCAAGUCAGAAACAGACUCUAAGGAGCUCUCCAAAACUGUUGCCGAGUCUAUGGGCUUAUACAUGAAUGCUGUCAGGGAGGCAGACUUUGGCUUUGGUCAACAAGGGACUGCAGGAGGGCAAAAACUUUAUCCUCUUUGUGGGACAGCAAUUGAAGAAGGCCAGCCUAAAAUGACUGGGAGUACAAAGAUGAAAGCUCCUCCGGCUUCAUUCCCAUCUGGGCCCCAACUACCCAAUGGUGUCCCCCAGGAGUGUGUUGUAGGCUCCGCCACAGUGCCCUCUGUGCUGCCCACUGCUCUCUCCUGCAGGCCUGAGGGACCUGGCCCCAUGUCAAGUCCUACCGGAAACAACAUGGUGUCGUCCACUACUAGCCCCACCUAUUUUGAAUCCGAUUGUCCAUCGCUGGCUUCUGCUGGCUCCAACUUAACUCAAGGUCAUCACACCAGCUCCAACACCGGUAGCCCUGUAAAGUCCAGCGUGGUGGGGUCACCUCCACUGGCUAGUCCUCUCAGUGUAAUGAAGUCUCCAGUUUCCAGCCCUCACAGUAUAGGCAGCGUGAGGUCUCCGCUUUCCUGCAACACCAACGUGAGAUCAUCUAUCUCAAGCCCAACAGGAAAUGGAGGCAAUGUUGUUAACAUUGGAACAUCCAUCUCCAGUCCACCCACUUUUGUCACCAUGGCCAUGUCCAGUCCUAGGAACUCAUCCAGGGAUUUCUCUGCUUCAAGCCCCCCCAGUGGACUGGGCCUGGUGCAGAAUGACACAAACAGCCCUGAAGGCAGAGAGCAUGACUUUAAGGGAUUUGAGUUCCCAAAAGUGGAAAAUGUGGAUGGCGAAAUAUUUAACAUAGGCCUGGAUGCUAUGGGAGUGGCAAAGUAUAUCAAAAAUGAACCCGGCACUGAUUACAGGAGUAUGUGCCUAGGUGGCAGUAAGAGCAUCAUGCCGCACUCUCCUUUCGUAACUCAGAUUAAGACAGAACCGAAAAGAGAGGUGACUUGUUCGAACCCACAGUUUUGUGAGCCUCAGCACUCCCUGGGCUGCUUUCAUUCUGCAGAGACCACAUAUUUGUCUUUGAGGGAUAAUAUUGAUGAAUAUAGUCUCUCUGGGAUCUUGGGACCUCCUGUUUCUUCUCUGAAUGGCAACUAUGAACCUGGUGUGUUUCCUAACAAUGGCCUGCCCAAAGGGAUUAAACAGGAAACCAAUGAUGGCAGCUAUUACCAAGAGAAUAAUAAUGUGCCCACGUCGGCUAUUGUUGGCGUUAAUUCAAGUGGACAUUCAUUUCAUUACCAGAUCGGAGCUCAAGGAACAAUGUCGUUUUCAUGCCACAAUUUGAGAGACCAGACAAACCCCUUGUUGAAUCUAAUUUCUCCAGUUACUGGAUUAAUGGAGACGUGGAAAACUCGCACUGGCUUGUCACAGGGGCCUCUCUCUGCUAGGGUGGAGGGAUAUCCAGGCCCAGGCUGCCUUACAGAAAACAUGGAAAGUGCACCUUUGAGACACACAUCUUCAACAGCCAAAGUGUGUCUGGUGUGUGGAGACGAAGCGUCAGGAUGUCACUAUGGGGUCGUUACAUGUGGAAGCUGCAAGGUUUUCUUCAAAAGAGCAGUGGAAGGUCAGCAUAACUAUCUGUGUGCUGGAAGGAAUGACUGUAUCAUUGACAAGAUCCGCCGGAAAAAUUGCCCAGCCUGCAGAGUACGGAAGUGUCUACAAGCGGGGAUGAACCUUGGGGCACGCAAGUCAAAGAAGUUGGGAAAGAUGAAAAGCGUUAGUGAGGACUCUUCCCUGCAGAACUCAAAGGACGGACCUCCGUUCCUGACCUCUGAGAAAGAGCUGAGCUCCUCCACCGCUCUCGUCCCUCACGUCUCAGCAGUCACACCGUUUUUAUCGCCGUCUGUCUGUAGCGUCCUGGAGCUCAUCGAGCCUGAAGUAGUGUUUGCUGGCUAUGACAACACACAGCCCGACACCACCGACCACCUGCUCACCAGCCUCAACCAGCUCGCCGGCAAACAGAUGAUCCGAGUGGUCAAGUGGGCCAAAGUACUUCCAGGUUUCCGCAGUCUACCCAUUGAGGACCAAAUCACGCUGAUCCAGUAUUCCUGGAUGUGUCUCUCCUCCUUCUCUCUCAGCUGGAGAUCCUACAAACACACCAAUGCCCAAAUGCUCUACUUCGCCCCUGACCUCGUCUUCAAUGAGGAACGAAUGAGGCAGUCAGCCAUGUACGAUCUGUGUCUGGGCAUGCGGCAGGUGAGCCAGGAGUUUGUCCGUCUACAGCUGACGUACGAGGAGUUCCUCACCAUGAAGGUGCUGUUGCUGCUCAGCACAGUGCCCAAAGACGGUCUGAAGAACCAGGGGGCGUUUGAGGAGAUGAGAGUGAAUUACAUCAAGGAGCUCCGUCGAUCCGUUGGGAAGGCCACUAACAACUCCGCUCAGACAUGGCAACGCUUCUUCCAACUCACCAAGCUAUUGGACGCCAUGCAUGAACUCGUGGGGAGCCUGUUGGACUUUUGCUUUUACACUUUCCGUGAAUCGCAAGCCCUUAAAGUCGAGUUCCCCGAGAUGCUGGUGGAAAUCAUCAGCGACCAGAUACCAAAGGUGGAGUCGGGCCUUACACACACCCUCUACUUUCAUAAAAAAUGACAGAAUGCUCGCCAGAAGAAAAAAUGAAGGAUCAAACGAGAGGACACCCAGCCCUCAGAAAACGAACAAGAGCAAGCCCGCUAUGCACAAAGCAAGGCGUAACAAUAGGGAUGGUUGAAAGCCACAUGAGGCUCGAGCGGUCAAGAGAAACGAAGAGCGAUCUCUGUAGCUGGUCAACAGAGAACUCAUAUUUCAUGUGACAGUGCAUUCCUUAUCCCCAAAGACAAUGCUGACAAUGUUCUAUAUGGAUAUGAAGCCAUAUUCUUUGGUAAAGCUGUAGUGCACGUGUGAAUAUGUCACAGAAACACGGACCCCCACACACUCGAGACAUAUCCUGGAUUCAUAGACAUGGUACAUGUGCCAGAAAACGCAUACAUACUUAAAUUCUACCUAAAUUUGCCACUAUUGAUAUUACCGUUGAAUACAAUUGAAAUUGAUUUUUAUUGCUGAUUCAGACGCCCACAACCAUGUUGAUUUUAUAAAAAGAGGAAAAAUGAUUGGACAUAUACUAAGGGCUACAAUACAUCAAAGCUCAAUAGUUGCUUAUUGUAGUAUAGUACAGUAGUUACACAAUAGAUAUUAUUAUAAGUACAAUCAAAUCUAAACUGAUUUGCAAAACAUUUUGGUUUCAAAUUAUGCAAUUUGUUAUUAGAAUACAAUACUAGAAAAUUGGGAUUAGUUGCAUAUUGAAAAUACCCUUGACCUCAUAACUCCAAGUUGAGACUGGAAAAACAAAAUGACAAUUAGAUGAUGGACUGAAGUGUUUACGUAGUGAGCACUGGCCAGUCUACGUAAUGGAGUGCUGUGGUGGAACAGUCAUAGAUAAUCUGAAAAAUGGCAGCUCAACAUAACGCUACUGGGAUUUUGAGGACAAAACAUGCUUUUUUACAUUUGCAAUACAGCAAAUAUUACGGCUCGCCGCAACACCUCACUUCUACACAAAUGUGAUAUUUUGUGCGAGAGCUCAGAUUGUAGCAAAUAAAUUGUACCUAAGCUGUUACUAAACCAGCUCCCUUUUAGAUGUUAAUGAAAAUACCAAUUUACAGUCCCACAGAGGAAAAGCUUUUUCUAUGAUUGUGAUGUUUUUUUCGGUUAAGAACCAAUCCAGCUGGAAGCCAUUUUCUAACAAGGUGCUUCUUUUUUCUUAACGUAACAAGUAGGUGUUAAAUUUUCAGUAGCAGCACAUGUACAGUUAGAUAUGGGGAAAACACACUUAUCUUUUCUGAAGCAUACAGCUUUCAUACGAGUAAACGACAAUAACGGAACCUGCUCAUAAACAGCGUAUGUGAACUUAUCUCGCAAAUAUAACUCGCUUGUAGGCAUAUUUUUCAAAUGUUGUACAUAGGUUUUGAUUUAAAACACAUUUUAAGGGGCUAUUUGAGGAAAUGCCAGUGAUUUUUUUUCUUGAGAGAAUUGUACAAAUGAAUCUGGACCACUGUUUUAUAAUCCCACUAUGCUACUGAUGAAAGCAAGUAAAAGAUGUACUGCAAGAGGUUUGCAUUGCUGAGGACAUUGAAGGUGUCAACUUGUGUGUAUGAUUUUUCCCUGUCGUUUCUCUCUUAAUUUAAGGCACAGUUAAAGCUGAUUCAUUUUUCAAAGGGCAUUGUUCGUGGGAUUGGUAUGAUCCUAUUGGCUGAUAUUGAUUUGCAAAGACAAGAUGAUGUUAUAAUUGGGAUAUUAGAUGUUAUUGUGUUGGUUAUGUAAUGUGCUGGGGUGGGGGGAUCGGGGAUGUAUUGUGUGUGAACUGGGAAGGUCAAAGAACUCUUGACAUUUGCCUUUGUGAGGCAGCUAGUUGGUAGUAAAUUACGGUUAAAGGACAAGAAAAAUAAAGUAACAGAAAUACUGAGAAUCAAAGUUAUAAUAGUAAUGGGGUCAUUCUAUAAUUGCGGGUACAUCUCACAUCUGUCCGAUAUGUUUUUAUUAUGAUUUCAUCAAUAUAAAGAAACACAUUUCAUAGUUUAGCCUUCAGUUAGAUUCGAUAAGACAUUUGGGUGUGUUCUUCAAAAAAGUUUUUAUUGUGAUAUACCUUAUUUUUAGAGAUGCGGUACAACAGCAGAUUAUUCAGAGUGCCGAUACCGGUACCAUUAGUUUGAUGGUUAUAUUAACUCGCAUUAACUCAAUUCUAAAGGUUAAAUGAAUAUUUCUUAACUUUCUGAAUGUUAUAUUAACGACUAUUAAUAUUGAACAUCAAAAUGGUGAUAUUUCUAAACAUUUUAUAUACACGGAGCACAAUAUCGAUAGCCGAUAGUGUAAAAAAUCACUUCUUCCGACCAAUGCCGAUUAUUGGCCGAUCUAUUGGUGCAUCUUUAGGCUCGAUUCACAUUUCGCGUCUAAAACCGGGCGCAAAACGCGAGACGCGCUGCUUUGUCCUUUUUUACAAAGCGCUCCGGCAGUUGCGCACGCAGAGCGUCUACCGUUGCUAAGCAGCCAUGGGCCACGAUAGCCAUUGAGACGAGAAGGUAUAAACAAAGGAUAUUUGGAUUAUAUGCACUGAAAAUACCUUGCAAUAAUUCUGCUACUAGAUUUAGUUAUGCUGUGAUCAUCUGUGUCUCCAUCUUCAUUGAGCUUGUCUAUAUUGGCUGGUUGGUUGUUGUCACAUGACCUGCGGUGCGCUUGCGCCUUUCUGAAAAGUUGAGAUUUUUUCAUCUCGAUGCGGCGCCGACGCGCCUGAAAAAAGAGCGCGUCCGCGUUGCCCCCUAUUUCCUACAUUUAAAAUAACGAAUAUGCGCGCGGAAAAGACGCGAAAUGUGAAUCCGGCCUUAUGCGUCUAAAAACAUUUUCAACUAAUAUCAUUAUAUUAUUAUCACACAAUUUGCUUUGUGUGAUGUCAGUUUCUCUUGAAGCACAUGGAUGAAAGACUAGAAGUUAUGGCAUCUCUUUAAAUAUGUUAUUUAAGGACGUUUGUGCUUUGAAAAUAAAACAAGAAAAUCUCACAUAUUUACAUUUUCGAAUGCAAUAUGUGCCCCGAAAUUAUAGAAUAACCCAAUGAAAAAGAUAACUCAGUCUGUGGUACCGAGUCAAACCCAUUUCACCAACCUAUCAAUACACUUAACACCGUAGGUUAUGGAAAUUAUCGAAGGACCUGAAUAAGAUGUUGCAGAGAUAUUUAGUCUCUUUUUUUCAACCUUUCCCUUUUUUAAAUACACAGAUAUAUAAAUCAUUCUUCAAAGGUUCAUAGGAUGUAUGUGAAGUAUUUUUGAAAGAUUCUAUUUUGCUGGACACAAUAUAUAAGUAAUUUGUCUAAAAAGAGUAUAUGAGACCUUUUGUAAAGUGAGAUGUUUAUGCAUGCUUUUUGAAAAGAUGUUUACAGUGUAUUUAAGAAGGGAAACUUGUGCCUUUUUCUCACGAAAAGUUAGCAUUUUACAGUAUCUAUUGUAAAUAAAUAGGUGAAUUAUUAUGUUGCGUUGUAUGGAGCAUUUCUAUAUAUAAUAAAUAAAUAUGUGUUGGACGUUUGGGACACACGAUUUCCCUUAAAAGUUACUGAUCGCCUGUAUUGAACUGAGAGCUUGGAGAACAUGGGAUGAAAACAAGUGUAGUUUACUUUACACAGCGAGAGACGUAAUUUACUACCCAAACAUAAUCUUUAAACUCCUGUCAUGUUUUUUCAAAGCAAUGUAAACUGAUGUUCAAUUGUGUUUUGUGUUGUUUCCUCUGCUACUACAAAUCCAACAAAAACAUACCGCUAUACACCAGAGCUCUAUUAUUUUGAAAGGACUUGUGGUUGCCAAAAUCUUUUUAUCCCUGAUUUUUUUAUGUGAAUAUAUAAAGAAGAUUAAACCAAGCAAAAACAAACACUGAAUUUUCUAAUUAAGUUGAAGAAUGUUGCACUAACAAAAAAGUUUUAUCAUAUAUAUUUUGGUUUGGUUUUUGACCUGGUUUGGUUUGGUUUCACAAGACAUUGAUACAUGUUAUUAUUUAUAUACAUAUGUAUACAUGGAACAUAUUUUUAUUUCUAUGGUUGUAUAAAAUACAGUAUGUAGAGAAACCCCCUAUAAAGACAGAACCCGACGAGAACAGCCUGAUAUGAAUUUGGAUCACCAUCACAAACCUAAGGCAAAUAUAGACUGCCAUGCUUGUUACGGCAUGUUUGCAAUCUGUGUUACUCAACUACCAAAUGAUAAAAAAUGAGUUGUUAUACAUAGAUCCACUUUUGAGUUUUUCAUAUUUAAGUUUAAAUUAAGUUUUAAAUUAAGAACUUUUAGAUGUGCAUUUGGGGUUGGGGUCCAGCAACAUGUAAACUAUGCAUUUGUACAAAUCACAUAACCACAAAGUAGCACUUUUGUGCAAAACAAGGGCAAAGCAUGGUAAAGUUAGCCAAUAUAUGACACUAAAACUUACAGCGGCUUAUGUGAAAAGUUCAUCUUGUAGUUUGGAAGGCAAUCGAUCUUCAUGAAUAACCAUUUGUUUCCCCAAUUAAUGCUUUUUCAAAUCUGAAUGUGUAUGUGUGAUACAUUGUUUAAAGUGCAAAGCCAUAAUGCUCUUUUGUCACAUAAGAGAUACAUGUUCAUUUUUCCUUUCCUUUUCUCAAUGCUUUUGUACAAUACUUGUUAGUAAACCUCCUCAGCACAGACAUAUUCAACAUGAGCUAAAGACAGAUGCAACUAGUUCCUCUAAACUGUAUAUCUUGAUGCAGAUCUUGCCAUAACUAUGUUUGCAGAAACAUCAAGGGAUUCCAAUAAACCUGUUAACAAUUAUUUA